AUGAGUGGAGUGUACAUUGCUGGCCCCGCUGUGUUCGACGCAGACACGGGUGCGGCGUGCCAGGAUCGUGUGCGCACGGCUCUGUGGGUACACGGCGUCGUGCCGCUCAUUCCCGCUGGAAACGUGGCCCCAGGGGCUGGGGAGAUGCGGGUGAAGAAAGUGGAGAUGGUAAGGCGGCGCGACGCCGUCAUUGCGGACCUGUGUCUGUUUUGCUUGGAUGGGCCGGGCUGCGGGACGGCGUUUGAAGUGGGCCACGCUGCCGCCCUGGGAAUGACGGUGCUGACAUUUACGCUCGAUUGGCGUUCCAUGAGGGAGAAGUACGGCGGCGCGUGUGACGCGUCUGUGAUGAGUGUGGAGGACUUUGGUCUUUCAUUCAGUCUGGUGCUCUGCGACGGUGCGGAGGCGUUUUACUCCUUCGACGCUGCCCUUCACCACUUUCUGAGGCACAGCUCGGAAUGGCGAGGAUGCGACUGUGGGGGAUGUGUGCGAAGUUGGAGUUAA